AUGGUUAAAGUUAUGGAUAAGGUUCCACAUCGACUUAAGAUCGAUUUACAGUUUAAAAAGGAUUUUAAUCGUCUUGCAUGGUCUGAGUUUACUGAGCCUUUGAGUUUUGAACGAAGAUGGAAUGAUUUAAUGGAGAAGUAUGGUUUGGUUGGUGAUAAAUGGUUUGAUUCUAUGUUUGCUCAGCGUAGUUAUUGGAUUCCUUUAUUUUUUAGAGACUGUCAUAUGAGUGGGUUAUUUAAGACAACGUCUAUGUCUGAGAGUCAGAAUAGUUUUUUCCGUAGGUAUUUCAAUAGGGGUGCAAAUCUGAUUGAAUUCUUUAUUCAUUUUGAGCGUGCUAUUGAAGCUCAAAGAAAUCAGUGUGAUCGUCUCAAUAGUGUUGAUGUUUCUUGUUUCCCAAAGUUGGUGACAGAUCUGGCAAUUGAAAGGCAUGCAGCAACUGUUUAUACUAGUGGGAUGUUUGUUGAGGUUCAAAAGCAGAUUGUUUCAGCUAGUUUCAGUUGCUGCAUAUUGGAGAUUAGGACUGGUGUCGGCGAGAAUGUUUAUGUAGUUGAAGAUGGUGAAAGUGGUAAAUUUAGUGUCACUUAUAAUUUGGCUGACUAUAGUUGCAAUUGUGAUUGCAAGCACUUUGUGAGGUGUGGUUGGCUUUGUUCGCAUGUAUUUUGUGUGUUGAAGAAUGUUAAGAUUCAGAGGAUUCUUGAUCAAUAUAUAUUAAAGCGUUGGACAAAAGGAAUUUGCGUUGGUGGAAGUACACAUUCUGGUGGGACAGAUACUCUCUCUCAGUUAUAUUCUUUAGCUUAUAGUUGUAUAGGUUUGGUUCAAGGUGAUUCUGUAAAGAUGGAGAAGUUAUUUCAAACUUUGAAAAGUGUGCAUGAUUCUUUGUGUGUGAAUAGUUCUAGCAGUUCAAAUGGUGAUCUUUUUAAUGAGUUUUAUGGUGGUGCACCUCCUGAAGUAGUUGAUGUUCACCCACCUGAUAUUGUGAAGACAAAAGGUAGUGGAAGUCGUUUGAAGUCGAGGAUUGAGAAGGCUUUAAGGGAUAAGAAUAAACCGAAACGAAGAUGUGGCAAUUGCAAAGAGAUGGUGAACCAUCAUGCUCGUAAUUGUGAUCAGGAACGUGCUAUUAAAUAG